AUGGACCUUGGCAAAAAGGCGUCGCACUGGAACAAUUCCCAAUAUCCGUAUGCACACUUGAUUUACGUCAACCUCGAGGUUGGAAAUGUAUUUAAAGGGCUUGAGCGGGAGGAUAUGACUUCAGUGCCUGGUGCAUCUUCAUCCCCUCUCUCGCUCUUUCGAAAUAAUAAGGCCGGUCCUUACCCAAAAUCAUUCACUAUGCGCCAUCUCUACGUUGUGUUUUUGGCACUCUUGUGCCUCGCUUCCACCUCAAUUUUCGCUCUACCUGUAAAGACUCGACGUUCUCAGCACGUAGACUCGCAUUCCCCAGCUGAGAGGAGCGCUGGCCGCCCUUUCAUCGUGCGCUCGUACUAUCCUCGUGAUAUUUUCUUGAAUCGCCAAGUACGGGAGUACCGUCCCUACUGCAGAUUCUCCCUACUGGAAACACGACAAAACAAAGGGAAAGCCACCAAGAAGCCAACGUUACCAUCCAUCAACUCGAAACUCAGGAACCAGAUCCUAGCCUGGAUCGACGAGGCAGCCAAAGCAGCUGGUAACCCCGAGAACGGGGUCUAUCCCUCCUGGGAGAAAGGAUCCGAGAAGAUCCACGGUCUAAUCACCUCAAACUACCCCCACUGCGUAGUAGAAACUCGCAAACCCACACGCAAGGACGGUUCGGUCGUCUACCAGGCCAGUAUCCAGUGCUCGGGCGGCAAGCCAGUAAUUUUUCCGUUUUGGGAUAUUACGCCUGGAACUCCAGGGAAACCGCCGACGGCGCCGGAGAUUUUGGCCAGCUUAGAGCUGUGGUGGAGUUGUCGAAUUAAUGGUAAUGGGCUGUUAUAUGAUUUGUAUGUAUGGAUUGUAGUACUAGUCAGCUUGAGAAUUAUGGAAGCGUGUCUACAUACUCGUACAUAUUUACGACAUAAGAGCUUGGUAGCCAGGUCGGAUGAUUGGACUCGCGCCACGCCGUGCACGUACACUGUAGUUAUCCAGAUAUCAGUGGAGACCCCAGUCGACACACAUCCCACACAACAGAUUCAUCCCAUUCCCUCCCCCGCUUUAUCACGACCAGCCUCGCGGUUCUCAGUGAUUGUAUGGGUACCCCGCCGCCCCGCCGCCCACCUGGAAUUCCACCGUUCCCAGUAG